AUCUUCCUGACCUAGGGAUCGAACCCAGGUUUCUUGCAUUGAAGGCACUCUUUACUGUCUGAGCCAGGGCUCCUAAGGAUUAUAAUUUGCAUCUUUAAUCCACCAUUAUCUACUUAAAAUUAAUGUACUGCUUUGCAUAAGCUAUACACAGUCCUUGUAGCAGUAUAACUUCAUUCACGCUCUGCGUUCUGUCUUUUUUAUCUGAGGAUGUUAUUGACUGUACCAUCAUUUAUGCUGUAGGAUUUUUGUUUUUUAGUGGUGAAAGCUUUAUUGAUUAUUUGUGUGUUUCUCCUACUCAUCACCUGUGGCAGGCAUUUGCAGGAUGGCUAGGUAAAGACUUAAGUAUGCAGUCUGUAGCCACAGUAAUUAGAUCCUUGCUGCCUCCAUAAAGAGGAGAUCCAGAGCCACUUAGUCCAGUCAGGAGUUGAUGAGGAAGCCCUGACCCUGGAGAGGAUGUACAUGCAGGGGGCGUCCAGCAGUGCUGACAGGAGGCUGCAGCGCUGGGGAGCGUACGUCUGCCCCAGCACCCUGCUGGGGCACAGCACUCCCUUCCACGUAGAGAUGAUCCUCAACCACGAUGUGAAGAUAGACAGAAACACAAGUGGAGACAGAAUAUGGUUUGUUACCCUCUCAGCGUUUCUCAAAUAUAGCUGUUCAACAAUCUGUGUUUAAGCCUGUUGGGGGUAUUUAUUAAGAAUGAUUGCUCCUGGGCCUCACUCCACACCUGCAUGAUCAGGGUCUGAAUAUGAGAUGUGGGGGGGUCUGCCUUUUAGGGUGAGUGCUCCAGGCUUGUCCUAAACACAGCCAUGCGUGACUGUCACUGUUUUGGCACUCUUCCCAACAGCCCCUGCCUUUUUAGGGACCAGAACCCACAUUGUUCAUGUUUAUCUUUAAAAUUGACAAGUGUGCAACUGAUGAAACAAUUUGGUCAUAGUCAUAGAAUUCUAGAGCCUGCAUAAAGGCACCUUCCAGGUCAUGACAGCCAACAAUCCUAGAGGAGGAAACAGGCCAAAUGAUAGUGUCUGGGUGGUUUGACAACUGAUUCAUAACGCAGGAGUUGGUGUGGAUGACUGCAGCUCAGAGUCUGAUGUGAUUGUUGUACCUUCAGCCCUGGACUUUGUCUCACAAGAUGACAUGCUGACGCCGCUGGGGAGACUGGACAAGUAUGCUGCGAGUGAGAACGUAUUUAACAGACAGAUGGUGGCCCGGAGUCUGCUGGACACGCUGAGGGAAGUGUGCGAUGAUGAGAGAGAGUGCAUUGCUGUUCUGGAAAGAAUCAGCAGAUUAGCUGAUGAUUCAGAACCGACCGUGAGGGCAGAGCUGAUGGAGCAGGUGCCUCACAUUGCCUUGUUCUGCCAAGAAAACCGGCCAGCAAUCCCAUACGCCUUUUCAAAGUAUUUGCUGCCCAUUGUGGUUCGAUAUCUCGCAGAUCAGAAUAACCAGGUAAGAAAAACGAGCCAGGCAGCUUUGCUGGCCCUGCUGGAGCAGGAGCUGAUCGAGCGCUUCGAUGUGGAGACCAAGGUGUGCCCCGUCCUCGUGGAGCUAACAGCCCCCGACAGCAACGACGACGUGAAGACGGAGGCCGUGGCCAUAAUGUGCAAAAUGGCCCCCAUGGUUGGCAAGGACAUCACAGAACGUUUGAUCCUCCCUCGGUUUUGUGAGAUGUGCUGUGACUGCAGAAUGUUUCAUGUUCGAAAGGUCUGUGCCGCCAAUUUUGGAGAUAUUUGCAGCGUCGUCGGCCAGCAAGCUACUGAGGAGAUGUUGCUGCCCAGGUUUUUCCAGCUCUGCUCGGACAAUGUGUGGGGCGUCCGCAAGGCCUGCGCGGAGUGCUUCAUGGCUGUUUCAUGUGCCACGUGUCAAGAGAUUCGACGGACUAAACUGUCAGCACUCUUUAUUAAUUUGAUCAGUGAUCCUUCACGUUGGGUUCGACAAGCAGCUUUCCAAUCUCUGGGACCUUUCAUAUCUACGUUUGCUAAUCCAUCUAGCUCGGGCCAGUAUUUUAAAGAAGAAAACAAAAGCUCAGAAGAUACAUCAGUAGAAGACAAAAAUAGCAAUGAAAGGACCAGGGGUGAAGACGCUCCAGAGGACGUAGAGAGCAGGCCCACUGUGGGUGAUUGCAGCAUCCACCUGGAAGACUCGCUGGCAGACGGCGCGGAGAGCCCAAGGCAGCUGCCGGGUGAACUGAGCGCUCCCGCGGAGAGCUCCUCACCUCGCCGGUCGUCCCCGGAACCUCCCCCGUUGUCCCCAGAGCCUCCCCCAGACACGACUGGCAACGAAGAGGAGCAGGAGCCCUGCGCCUGCAGGUUAGCGUCCCGGCCGGAGGUGGGCACCGGUGCACAGGACUCAGCUCCCCUGGACCAGGAGCUGUACAACUCCUUCCACUUCUGGAGGACUCCUCUCCCCGAGAUAGACCUGGACGUGGAGCUGGAGCAGGGCUCUGGGAGCGAGCCUGGCCCACAGAGGCUGGACGUGGAGCCCGAAGUGCCCGCCUCCAGCUCUACCAGCAUCACCAUGGCCACCAGGAAGGAGCUGGAGGAGAUGAUAGAAAACCUGGAGCCGCACAUUGAUGACCCUGAUGUGAAAGCGCAGGUGGACGUCUUGGCUGCUGCCCUGCGUGCCUCCAGCCUGGAUGCCGGCGACGAGGCUGGCGAGGCCGCCCGGAGGACCCCCCAGGACGAGCUCCCCAGCUGCCGGCUCGACCAUGACGCUGCUGGGCCUUUGAUCAGUGAGGAGACCGUGGACUCUGCCCUCCACUACAUUCACAAUGACUCAGAUUCGGGCACCAGCAGUGGUUUCAGCCCUGAUGAGGAAAGGAGAGCUAAAGUCCAGGACGUGGUGCCCCAGGCCCUGCUUGACCAGUACUUGUCCAUGACCGACCCCUCACGGGCACAGACCGUGGACACCGAGAUCGCCAAGCACUGUGCCUACAGCCUGCCGGGCGUGGCACUGACGCUCGGCCGCCAGAACUGGCACUGCUUGCGCGAGACCUACGAGACGCUGGCCUCGGACAUGCAGUGGAAGGUUCGAAGAACGUUAGCUUUCUCCAUCCAUGAGCUUGCAGUCAUCCUGGGAGACCAGCUCACAGCUGCAGACCUGGUCCCAAUUUUUAAUGGAUUUUUAAAAGACCUCGAUGAAGUCAGGAUAGGCGUCCUGAAGCACUUGCACGACUUUCUGAAGCUUCUGCACAUCGACAAAAGAAGAGAGUAUCUGUAUCAGCUUCAGGAGUUCUUGGUGACUGACAACAGUAGAAACUGGCGCUUCCGAGCCGAGCUGGCCGAACAGCUCAUCUUGCUCCUAGAGCUGUACAGCCCCCGGGACGUGUACGACUACCUUCGCCCCAUCGCCCUGAACCUCUGUGCAGACAAGGUGUCCUCCGUGCGCUGGAUCUCCUACAAGCUGGUCAGCGAGAUGGUGCGCAAGCUGCAUCAGGCAGCGCCGCCCACCUUCGGGGCAGACCUCAUCCAGGAGCUGGUGGAGAGCUUCGGCCGCUGCCCGCGGUGGUCCGGGCGGCAGGCCUUCGUCUUUGUCUGCCAGACCGUCAUCGAGGAUGACUGCCUGCCCAUGGACCAGUUCGCCGUGCACCUGAUGCCCCACCUGCUCACCUUGGCGAACGACAGGGUUCCCAACGUGCGCGUGCUGCUUGCGAAGACACUGAGACAGACCCUGCUGGAGAAAGAGUACUUCCUGACCUCCGCGAGCUGCCACCAGGAGGCCGUAGAGCAGACCAUCAUGGCUUUGCAGAUGGACCGCGACAGUGACGUCAAGUACUUCGCCAGCACCCACCCAGCCAGCACCAGGAUCUCUGAAGACGCCCUGAGCACAGCCUCCUCCACCUACUAGUUGGCGUGGUCCCGGGGGCCUCCCACUCCCAGGGAGCCGAGGUCCUGCUGGCACCCACGUGACCGGGGACAGCCUCGGGGCCCGUCCUCCCGCGACACUCGGCUGCAGGUGCAAGUUGCCUACACCGAUUCCAGGGAUUCUCAGAGUCAAGAGAAAGUACAGUCAACGCGGUUGUCUCGUCUUGACUUGAAGGGAAAACACUUUUCUCAGAGGAUUAUAAUCGUCACCGAAGCCUUAAAUCCUUCCGUCUUCCUGACUGAAUGAAACUUGAAUCGCCCAGCGUUCUCCUUGGAAGGGAUGCGACGCCGAGGCCCCUUUGCUUCCCGCUGGUUGAUCUCACCACCACAAGACCGCGAGACGGAAGCGCAGCCAGAAGGCGGAGACCGCCAGCCGGGCUGGGCCGAGACUGCCAGCACCAGGCCUCGCCAUGUCCACGAGGGCAGGGCCCUGCGGAGGCUGUGGCCGCCGCUCUGUCCAGCCCGAAGUGUGACUAGCCGUGCAUAAACAGGGAGGAGAUAUUUUUUGGAUUUCUCCUGAGAGCUCAAUGCUAACACUACGUGGAGCUGAUUGUGACUCUUAAAUGCAGCAUAUUGCUGUGCACACUCACAGAGUCUGCCGAGCGUCUGUGUCCUGGUUUCUUCAUGCUGGUCAUGACCCGGAGGAAAUUUAUUAGCACGUAUUCUGUAUGUCAGGUGUUUUUAACUUGAUCAUGAUCGGCUCUGAGGUGCAACUUGUCUCACAUACUGUAUACCCCCGUGCCCCCGGGGAGGGCCGCAGUCUGUAAUCAUGCUCUUGGACUGUUGUACACAAGUUCUCUUGUCCAAAUAAAAUUUAUUACUAAGAUCUAUACAGAGAUGGACACACUUCUGACUGCUUUCUAGAAUAAAUGCAAUUUGUGACCUGUAUUAAUGAUUUUAGUAUAAAAUGGGAAAACUGGAUUAAAAUAUUUGUCUUUUAA